UCUGACCGAGCCGAGAGGAAAGUGCGAUCCGAGGCUGAGGAUUUAAAACUGCGGUCUCGAUCGACAGUCACCGCUGGCUGGGUUUCCAUAGGAUCCGGUUAAGCUUUAUGUCUCAGACUAAAGACUGAAAGACUCUCCAACCUCAGACAGGAGUGUGUCUGGGGAGGCUGGUGUGUGUGUGUGUGUUUGUUCUUUCCUGAGUGCGGCUAAACACUAUGAGUUCGUUGAGUCAGCGGAGCUCGGGCCUCGUGCAGAGGCGCACCGAGGCCUCGCGCAGCGCCGCUGCCGAUAGAGACAAGAGUGCGGGCGGGGAGGACGAAGAGCUCCGCCGGGAGGAGCAGGACGACGACGACAGCGGCGACUCCAAGGAAACCCGGCUAACCCUGAUGGAGGAAGUGCUGCUCCUGGGCUUAAAGGACCGCGAGGGAUACACUUCUUUCUGGAACGACUGCAUAUCUUCAGGGCUGCGUGGCUGCAUGCUCAUAGAGCUGGCCCUACGAGGGAGACUACAACUGGAGGCCUGUGGCAUGAGGAGAAAAAGCCUACUCGCCAGAAAGGUCAUUUGUAAAUCCGAUGCUCCGACCGGUGACGUGCUCCUUGACGAAGCCCUGAAACACAUUAAAGAGACCCAGCCUCCAGAGACCGUACAGACCUGGAUCGAGCUCCUCAGCGGCGAGACAUGGAACCCGCUGAAGCUCCACUACCAGCUCCGGAACGUGCGCGAACGCCUCGCCAAGAACCUGGUAGAGAAAGGCGUGCUCACCACAGAGAAGCAGAACUUCCUGCUGUUUGACAUGACGACACACCCGCUCACUAACAGCAACAUCAAGCAGCGCCUCAUCAAGAAGGUACAGGAAGCCGUCCUGGAAAAGUGGGUGAACGACCCGCAGCGCAUGGACAAGCGUCUACUGGCACUCAUCUUCCUGGCUCAUUCGUCCGACGUGCUGGAGAACGCCUUCGCACCGCUCCUGGACGAGCAGUACGACCUGGCCAUGAAGAGGGUGCGACAGCUGCUCGACCUCGAGCCCGAGGGCGAGAGCAUGAAGAGCAACGCCAACGAGCUGCUCUGGGCCGUCGUGGCCGCCUUCACCAAAUGAGGACGCGCCUGUGUAAAGCACUAAAGACAAACGUUUGACUGGUUACUGAAAAAAACGGAAAGAUAAGAAAAAAUAACAGGCAGAAAGGGUUGUAUCUGAAAUGAACGAUAACUCUCUACAGAGCUGUGUUGGUCACCUACACACACACACACACACACACACACACACACACACACACACACACACACACACACACCCACCCCAUAAUGUACUCCUUUUUUGAUUUGCUGAUAACUUGCUUCCUUUCUACGUUCUCUACCCAGCCUCGAUCACCCGGACAGAGGAACGCAUGCCUGACUUUUCCUCUUCUUCUUUCACUUUUAUUUUGUCCAGUUAAAUGCACAAGUGCUUCCUGUACUGUCUGAACAAACCACAGGAGCAACUGAAACUCUUUGCUUAACUGGACUUCCCCCUUCUCCUUUUUCCUCUUCAGUAAUCUGUCCAUGAGUACUGAGGGGCAAAUCUGGGUUUACUUUCCUGUUAAUGCAAGUCCAAAAGUUUAUAGACAAGAAAGUGAGUAUCUCCCCAUGUUUUAAAGGUAUAUUCCUGUUUGAUUAUUAUAAUUAUUUUUUUUAAUAGAAAUGUAAACACUUGAUAGAAAUAUUGCUAAAAAAGAGUCUCCGAAGGAUGGAAAAAGUCUCCACGUCGAGCUGUUUCAGAUCACCCCAGAUUUGGCGGUUUUGGUUCACAGAUUGUGGCGCUCCAGUGCAACCACAAGAUUUUAUUAAGCACCAAAUACCCCCAUUGGGGCACAGAUUAGCUCCAGACCUGUAGGGUUACAUCAUCAGCGCAGAAGGCACUAAUGGAUCUAUUGAAUUUUUUAUUUUUUUUCUUCAUUGCAAACCUUUUGAUGGGUUGAGUCUAAUCAUGUGCACCAAGGCUGACCGCUCUAGACUUGACCAAUCGUGGUGGAAGUAAGUCAGCCUCCUUAGUGUGUGUGGAUGUUUCCAGGGUAAAUGUGAAAAAAACAUUUGAUUAGAUUUAAUAAUGAUAAAAAAAAAAAGUUGUAUCGAUCAGUAGCAUAAAACAUUUCUAUUUUUCACUGUCGUGAACGUCACUAAUACUUUAAAGUGCUACCUCUCGGACCUCUCACAACGUCACCCUUUAUUGUUUGAACCGCGUCUCUCGCUGGCUUCGUCACUUUAGCAUCAACUAAUCAGCAGUUUCCUUGUACAUACAUUACAAAAAAAAAAAAAAAACACCACUUUUAUGUGCCUAAUCUCGGUUACGGGUAAUCUCGUAACCUUCGACAUUACAACACGUACUGUAGCUAUUCCUCAACAUGACAUUCAUGAACAACUGAGCGAAUCGCUUUUAAAAUCCUACGUUUGUCCGUGACUUUAAGUUUUAUGUGUAAAGAGAAUGUCUGUGAUUAGGCUUCAAUAUUUUAUUAUUUUUUUGUUUAAUUUACUUCUUUCCUAUCCUUUGAUUACGCUGUGUGAAGAAGGGAUUGUUUAAUUUUUGGUAUCAGAUACCUGCCUUCCUCUGGAGAGUUUUUUUUUUUUUUUUUUAAAUCUAGCGUUACUGUUUUGUCUUUCAGAGCGGAGCCCCAGCUAUCCACUAAAUCCAAACAACAGCUUUAUAUUGACAUUUAGAUUUUAUCGUGCGGUCAGAACGAGGCGUUUAUACCGAGUAUGCAAUGAAAAAGCUUGAUGCCAGUAUCCAUGUCGCAGGAGAGUCUAGAAAACGGUUUGCUUCUUUAUUUUUCCCCCUUCUGUUUUCAUGUUUAUGUAUUCCUCUUACAAACUGAUUCACGAAUAAUAAAAUAAAACCUCAAGUGACCAUUUUGAUUAAGACUCGCCUUUCAUGCUUUACUCGGUUCCUUCUAAGUGUCAUAUUUAUUUCUGUUGUGUGUGUUUUGGUUUUGGAGAUAAGAAGGAAGCAGAUUGCACAGAAGCUUAACAAGACAUUCCAGUUAAAUAUUUGUCAGCUAAUUCAUUAAGUGUCUAUAUUCUGAAAUGCUGUGUUUUUGUUAUUACCUAAAUUAAACAUUUUAAUUUAGCUUUUAAUGUUAACUGCUUUUUUUUUUUAAUCAGACAUUUAUCUGUUGAAAUUCAUUUUUCGUUCCUUUUCAUUCUUCUGCUGCCAAAUUAUUAUAAUUUUUUUUUUUUUUUACUCAUUUCAGAAGCAAUAAUUUUACAUUUACUUGCUUCUGCUUGAUUUGUAAUCCAUCAUGAUUAAUGCUUAUCUCGCAGUACUUGGCUACGUCUGUACCUAUAUGUAGAGAAGACUUCUUGGGUAAAGAAAAUUGAAAUCAUUAUGUAACUUUAGAGCCCACUACGAAGGGGAUGCAUAUAUGUACACUUUCAUAUUACCAAAUAAAUUAAGGUAUCGGGAGUGCCUCAAAAACUCA